CACUAUUCUAUACAAACAAACAUGGGUGACACCAAUAAUGAAAAUCAAAAUCAAAAGCAUUUUGUAUUGGUACAUGGUUCAUGCCAUGGAGCAUGGUGCUGGUUCAAGCUCAUACCCCUUCUUAAGGCUGCCGGACAUCGUGUUUCGGCCUUAAAUCUAUCCGCAAGUGGCACCAAUACUAAAGUAAUACAUGAAGUCACUACACUUCAUGACUACACCUUGCCAUUGUUAGAAUUUAUGGAAACCAUUCCCCCUGAAGAGAAAGUUGUGCUAGUGGGUCAUAGCUUUGGUGGUAUGAGCAUAUCUCUUGCCAUGGAAAGGUUCCCCGAAAAGAUCUCUGUCGCGAUCUUCCUUGCUGCCUUCAUGCCUGAUUCCGUACAUAAAUCUUCUUAUGUUUUAGAUCAGUAUGUUGAAAAGACUCCAGGAGAAGCUUGGAUAGACACUCAAGUCUUGCCUUACAACAACAACGAAAGCGACGCUGAUCUGACAAGCUUCCUUUUUGGUCCUAAAUAUUUGUCUUCAACGCUCUAUCACCUCUGUUCCGCUGAGGAUAUUGAGUUAGGAAGAAUACUGGUUAGGCCUGCAUCGUUAUUUCUGAACGACCUAGGAAGUGUCAAACAGUAUACAGACGAAAGGUUUGGGUCCGUGAAGCGGGUUUAUGUCGUUUGUGAUGAAGAUAGAACCAUCAAAGAAGAAUUUCAACGUUGGAUGAUCCAUAAUAAUCAAACGGCCGAAACGAAAGAGUUGAAAGGUGUAGACCAUAUGCCAAUGAUAUCUGACCCAAAGCAAGUCAGUCUUUGCAUCCUUGAAAUAGCCCUUGCAUAUAGUUAAAUGGCAAUGGUAUAAUGUUGCAUGUUGGUGCAUAAUACAAUAUAAACAAAAUAAUUUUAUAUUUUCUUUCUUAAUUAAUAAUGUUUGUUGCAUUACAUGGGUAUCUUAUAUGUUGAUGAAGGUAUUCAUUUUCAUUUACAAGUAUAAUUUUACUUUCAAUAAUUA